AAAAUGACGGCCGACAAGAAUUGCGUAAUGUACAGAUGUCGCAAAGGAGUGCCGGUGAAAUACCAAUUUUGUAACGUUUUGCUUAGUUCAAUUAUUCUAUGGUGCUUCUUUCUCAAUAAUCCACAGAUUACACCUGAAAUGUUCCUCCGCCGAGGGAGAUGAAGGCCGACCCAUUUCUCGAUCGGAGAGUUCGUUCCCACGUCGCUGUAGAGAAACCCACCAACCCUUUAAUGGUGACCGUACGAUCUUCCUUCUCAUGAGCUGUUGCGCGUUGGUUGAGCCUCUGAUUGAGGGCGGGAAGAAUAUUUUAAGGGUUUUUUUCUUUUCUCUUUAAAAUUAUUUUCAUUGGGAAUUUUUUGGGAGAAAAAAGGCUGGUGAUGGGCCAUGGCCAAUCCACAUUGCAACAACCACUUUUAUUCUCUCAGGAUUUGCCUUCAUCUUUACUACUACGACUUCACAAAGCUGGACCAGUUGUCGACUGCCUUCUCUUUCCAAAUUGGAAUGGCUAUGCUUUAGAAGUUUAGAACUGUCUCUUCAUUGAUUUCUUCUCCUGCCUUUUCCUUUUCUCUGCUUGUUUAGGAUACAAGCACUUCGUUUGCAAAGAUGGGUUCUGGACGUUGGUUUAAGGCAGUAAUUCGCUUAAAAAAAGUGAAAACCAGCAGUUCGAAACAAACUAAGGAGAAAUUGGAUGAUUUUCAAAAAGAUUCCCCAAGGUUUAAAAGUGAUGGUGCUAAUGGGAACAGUAAGUCUCUUUCAAUGCCGAUUGAAGAUGUAGCUGCAGUUCGGAUUCAGACGGCAUACCGAGCAUAUCGUGCCAGGAAAAAUUUACGUCUCUUGAAAGGGGCCUUCAGACUGCAGAAUUUGACUCAAGGUCAUUCCGUUAGAAAGCAUGCUACAUCUACAUUAGGUUAUCUUCAUUCAUGGAGCCAUAUACAGGCUCAAAUUAGGGCUCGUCGACUUUGUAUGGUGACAGAAGGACGACAGAGACAAAAAAGAUUAGAAAAUCAACGAAAACUUGAAGCUAAGCUUCAUGAUAUAGAGGUGGAGUGGUGUGGGGGUGCAGACUCCAUGGACGGGAUUCUUUCAAGGAUACAUGAUAGAGAAGAAGCAGCUGUUAAGCGCGAGCGUGCUAUGGCAUACGCAUUCUCACAUCAGUGGAGAGCAAACUCUAAUGAGAUGUAUGGGUUGGGUAAAGAUGAACUUGGUAAAGCUGAUUGGGGUUGGAGCUGGAAAGAACGAUGGAUAGCUGCUCGUCCAUGGGAAAGCCGUGUACCAUCUCAGUUUGUUAGUCCAAAGAAAUCUACAAUCAGACAAUCAAGCAAAGUCAGUAAGAGAAACUCACCAUCCCCUAAAGCACGAGGUCCAAUGAAACCUCCUUCCCCGAAUGGGAAAUCAUCUGCAAAGGCUCGGAGGUUGUCUUAUCCAGCAACAGAGAAAGCCGAGAAACUGGCUACACAAGAGAAAGGCGUCAAAGAAAGCGUUAAAAAUGACAAGAAUGACGAAGGGAACACCAAGAAAGAAGAAACAACACCCUAAUCGAUGCCAUUUAUAGAAUGCAAAACGUGUUCAUAUUUUAUCAAAGAAAACCAGAGAGGAAAAUAAAAAAUGUAGAAGCCAUUUGUUUUCUGUAUGUAAUUUCUGAUGAUGUUCAUUCAUUGAGUGGUGUGAGGUAAUGUAUUAUUGGCAUGCAGACUGAUCCCCGUGUCAUUAUUUCUUAUAUGUCCUUUCCUUUUUCUUGUUAUGUAUAUUUGAAAGAAAAAGAAAGUAUUACCUAAGUUAUAAUGUAUAUGAUACGAACAGUGUUGAUGAUUUUGACAUUAUUUGGUAGCUUGAGAUUGCUAUAUAACCUCCAUAAAUGGUUUCAAAUC